GUCGACCGUCCUUACUUUAAACCAUUCAUCUCUCAAGUCUGGUGGACCAAGAUUGAUACCUCUCGAGGUGAAUCGUGGCGAACCAGCGCUGAGACUCCUCUGCAUAGUAAUUGACUUUGGGGGAAGAGGAGAAUCUUGUUUGCAUUGGGACAUAGCGUCUUCGAUUUUGUUGGAAAUACUAAGAAACUUGUCUUUGUCUCCGCCUGGAAACAUCUUCUUCAGCAGCUGAAGUUGUCCAACGUAAAGCUCUCUCCUAGACAUUAUAAGUACCAACCACCACAAAAGUAGAUUCCUAAGUCUUUUGAGCAAAACGUAUCUUUGUGUUCUUGUUUUUGUUUGUUUUGUUUAGAAUGUGUUUCAAUAUCAGAGGAAGAAAGCAGAAGUGAAUCUUAUAAAAGAAGCAAACGAGUAGAAAAGAUUAGAUCUAUUGCUUGUUCGAGACUUGUCAACACGACUUCUUCAACGUUUGAGUUGUUUCUUGGCAGAGGCUGCAUGCCAACUUCGGAGCUAAUUGCAAAACAUUACAACGUAAUUUCGAAGACGUAUUAGAAGAAGUUAAGGCUGCUUACAUAGAAAUUUUCAAGUAAAUUCAUAAUGGUUGAACGUAGGCUUAUCUACUGUUGGCUCAAGUUCGGGAGGGUAUAGUUUGCAUGAUAAUUCUAAUUUGUACAUAACUAAAGUAUAUGAUCAUGUAAGUUUCAUUCGUAACUAAAAACUUAUUUUAGAUUUAUAUCUAAUUUGAAAAUUAUAAGUUUACGUUUUCACUGGUUUAUACUUUUUAACAGUUCAAAUUUUCGAAAUUCAUUUUGUUACAAAAAUAGUGUGAAGAUUAGUUUGUAACAUAUCUUUUUUCUGAAAAAGAGCUUAUGAUUUUUAACAAUUUUGUUGCCAUGAAAUCAUAGCAUUUACAAAAUAUCUUCAGUUUCAUUUAAAGACACUUUAUUUAAACUAUACAAUAUGUAUCUUCCGUAUUCCAGAAAGCAAUAUGCGUGAUAAAGUCAUGAUAUAAUUAUUUGACACACCUUUGUGGACUGAAACCAAAGAAAAAUACUCCCAAUAACGAAACAUUUUUUCCUUUAAAAAAAAAAUAAUAAUAAUAACGAAAAAUAUAUAUAUUAUUAUAAAUUCUUCAAAUAUAUAAGUACAAAUAAAAAUUUUAUAUUUCAAAUAUACAAUUGGGCCGACAGAGAAAAAUACAAAUCAAAUUUUUUUAUACAUUUAAAUACAAAAUCAAACUUUUAAAAACUAAAGUUUGAGAUCCCUCCUAGUUCAUUUGUGGGCUCAGAGGAGCUAAAAAAAAAACUUGAUCGAGAAAGAGACAAAAGAACAUAAUGCGCAUUAUCUCUCUCGUGUUACACGAGGAGGCCCUAAAAUAAAGAGAAACGGGACCCACAAAGUUAUUCAAGUCUUGUUUCAAGUUCUAUUGACGUAGAGUCCACUUAGCCUAUCGUUGAUCAAAGAGAAUCAUCUCUAAACAAGCAAUAGCUUUGUCUUCAGGCAAAGCAAGACUUGGUAAGAUGGUUCAAAGAAAGACUACUUGUCAAGCAAUCAAGUCUUACAAUCUCCAGCCUGAAACUCGGUUUGGACCAGAGAUGAUGAUGAUGAUGAAACGAACAAAACCUAAGAGGAAGCUUAAAGACAGUUCUGUUUCUCAAUCAGGUAAGACACAGUCAACACCAAGUAAGCAUGAUCUUGUUGUUAAAGGAACAGGCCGGUCACCUAAUUACAUGAAAGGCACCUCUAGCUCUGAGGCAAGGAUGGAGAACAAGAAAAUAUUCAAUCCAAAGAACCAAACCUGUAAGAAAGAGAGGUGUAGUAACAAGCCGGGUUCGAGGAUCGUUAGGGGUUUGACAAAGGCUCCGAAUUUCAAGAGAUGCUCACAGAGAGCUACUUGUUCCUCGACUCUUAAAGAUUCCAAGUUUCCAGAGUAUCUGAUGGUUAAUCAUGAUGGAACUGAUGAUGGUGAAGUUAGUGGAACAUCUGUUUUGAGAGUCUGUCCUUACACGUAUUGUUCGCUCAACGGUCAUCUUCAUAAGCAGUAUCCUCCUUUGAAAAGCUUCGUAUCCUCGAGGAGACAGAGUUUGACGUCUCAGAAGAGUGUGAAAAAGGAAGAUGUUGUGGAGAUGUAUGUAGAGGAGAAGAAAGAGUGUGAGAGUGUAGAUGGAGGAACCUUUGAGACCCAAAUCUCAGAAACUGUCUCUGAAGGAGCACCUCGUUCUGAAACUGAUUCUGAUGAGUACUCUGACACUGCAGAGAUAGUGAAGUUUUCAGAAGGUGAUGAUGACAUCGAGUCACAAGAAUCUGAUUUGGAGGAGACUCUUGUACAAAAGACUUGUGAGGUUGAUGAUGACUCUGAUAGUGCAGAGAUGGUGAGAUUUUUAGAAGGUGAUCAUGACAUAGAGUUAAAGGAGAAUGUCUUGGAAGAGACUAUGGCAGAUGACUCAGUGAAAGAGAUCGAAAAGAAAGCAAACAUAGAAGAAGAUGUUGAUCAAUCUUGUUCCUUUAACUCUGAAGCUAUUGGUAUGAUGAUGAACUCUGAAGCAGAUGACGCUGAUGAAGAAACACUUAAGGAUAGCAAAGAGGAGUCUCAGGACCAAACUGAAGCUGUCCCAACGUUACAGGAAACUACAAAGGUUCCAUAUAACCAUAAACAAAGGCCAUGCAACCAAGAAGGACAAUCAAAUUCCACCGUUUCAUGGACUAUCAUCAAAUGCAAGAAACCUGUGGCAGAGACUGAAGAUUUAAGGGAAUUCAACCCAAGGGAACCCAGUUACCUUCCUGUUUCUGUUGAUGCGGAUGCAGAGAAGGUUGACCUCAAGCAUCAGGACAUGAAUGAGAGGAAAAACUCUGAGGAUUGGAUGUUUGAUUAUGCUCUCCAGCGUGCCGUUACCAAACUUUCCUCAGCAAAGAAGAGGAAAGUCGCAUUGCUCGUGGAGGCAUUUGAAACCGUGAAACCUGUUGUGCAGCAUGGUAGAGAACCUGAUCCUGUAUUGAGUUAUGGAAGACACCUUCAGACAUGCAGUUAACAGAGGUAACUAACAAAUGUAACCUUUGUGCAGGUCAGAGGAUGAUUGAAGGAGAGGAGGAAUGGCUUUUGAUUAUUAACUUGUAAGUUAAGAACCAAUGAGUAAGGGGACAAACUUUGAUGGUUUAUUACCUUAAGCUCUUUGUGUGAUAGUUAUAUGAUUGAUAUAGUCCUCCUUAAAUCUGUGAGGAGAGGGCUCAGUGUGUGCUUGCUUUGAGACUAAUUUAUGGGACAAUUAUGAGUUAUGCACUUCUAUGUAAGUAUGUAACUAUUUGAAAUGAAUGCUGUUGUUUAUUUUUCAUUCA